ACCGGACAUCACCUGUUUACAAAGUGAUAAAUGUAUAAGUGAAACAGCACUGCAUUGCUCGCCUCUGCUGCUUUAGUUUGCAGCAGGUGACAGUAACUGCUGGUGGCUAUGUUAGCCGUCUUUAGCUUAGCCACCGAUGCUGAGGCUUGGGAGAGUAACUAACUUAAGAUCGCUACAACUAUCCUCCAUAACAAAAGCUAAACGCCACCGCUUGAUAGCUGACACUCCGCCGCCAUACCUUUCGAACUGUGGAUGCAUUCAGGUACUGUCAAAAAGAUCAAUGGCGUCCUGUGCAACUGAGUGGAUAACAUCCUGUUCCAACAUCAUUUUGUCCGUCACAGCACUGUACUCUUCUUACAGACUCUUUAAGGAUCAUAGGGCUUCGUCAGUGGGCCUCUUCGUGCUUGGAAUCACAGCCGCAGUUUGCAUCGCGCAUCCCUCCGGCUCAGGUAUCACCUCUGCCCAGAGAGAGGCAGAGUGGGCCGGCGAGGUUCUGGCCCCAGCACUGGUCUCUUUUGAUUUUCUAUGGCUCAGUGAAGACCACAGCACGGCACAUAUUCUCCUGUGUGGCUCUUGCCUGCUGCUGGGACUGUGUGACUGGCUGUCAGCAGAUGCUCUCACAGUGAUGACAAGCUGCCUGGGUCUGUCUUCCCUGUCUUGCUGCCUGACGGUGUGUCUGUUUGCUAGUAAUGCUUUAGGGGCCUUGGGCAGUGUGGCCCUCAGCCUCCCCUUGCUUGUGGCUCCAAGGGCUGGGGCAAACACUUUUGCACCGCUCCUUUCUCCAGCAGCAGCUGAGGGACUCAUCAAGUGGCUUUUAAAAGGUUCCAUGUCGUUUGGCUGUUGGGCGUCCACAAAGGCCCUCGGCAAGUUUCUGUUGGAUGUGACUGACCAAUGUAACACAAGUAUUUAGUAGAUCUGUAUGAUUGGUCAGUCACAGUCAAGUGACACAUCGGACCUGUGCAAAAAUGAAUGUGCCGAACUUCAAAGAAUU